UCUCAAUAUUAUUCAUUUCUUUCAGCUUUUACAGUGUGACGGAUCGGCCGAUCACAUUAUUGCCUUUAAAGGCAUUUACAAAAUACAAUUUAAAAUGUUUAACCCAUAUGCCAGCGUGUACAAUCCCGUAUUACCCCCUGAUUAUCUGAGAUAUUAUAAUUAUUAUUAUUAUAUGGAAGUGUUCGGUAAGAUGAGGCAUAACGGCAACAAGUUCCAGUCUCAAACUAUUGAAGGCAACAGUACCUGUGACAGUACACCCUCACACCACAACGGCCAUGAGGAUUCGACGUCGACGAUCAAAGAACUGGCUGAUGCCAUUUUGGGCAACGACAAAAAAGAGGACGGCGAACUGAGGAACACCCCAGCGCAAACAGCCUUCCUAAAACCAAAUUUGUGGAACAAAUCUUACGAAAGUGACCAUAAGUAUGUCGACCUUGACGAAUUCCUAUCAGAAAACGGCGUAUCAACGGCUGAAUUGGGCUCUCACGGAGCCCUAGGUCCGUUAUCGGUUGCACGUCCGCCUGAAAAUGAACGAUCUCCUAGUCCGAGCGAUUUUAUGAUUCCGGACACCAAUAAUCCUCCAUCGCCGUCUGAUUCCACGCUCUCGAUGGCAUUGAGCUGCCGCGACUUCGAUCCACGAACAAGAGCGUUUUCAGAUGAGGACCUCAAACCACAGCCGAUUAUCAAAAAAUCCAGAAAACAAUUCGUUCCAGAAGAUCUGAAAGACGACAGAUACUGGGAGCGGCGCAGAAAGAACAAUCUGGCAGCCAAACGGUCAAGAGACGCCAGACGAAUGAAGGAGAAUCAGAUAGCUCUGAGGGCGGGUUACCUUGAAAAAGAGAACAUUGGACUUCGUCGAGAGCUUGAACGAAUGAAAAAAGAAAAUCUCGUGCUUCAAAAUAAAUUGGCAAAAUACGAGGACGUCUAGAUCCAACCACCAUCUUCGAGAGAGGACACUGAUGCAUCCCCUAUGGGAUUGCAUUAAUUAUUAUUGGAUGGGACUUUGUGUUCCUUUUCUCAAAAGAAACUUCAAAUUCAACCCAAAAAAUUUGUAAAUAAAACAUACACAUUAUUUUACUAGUCAUCUAGUAGAGACAGUAGAGUAGUGUAGGAUUAUUUUUUCUUUUUCAUGAAUUUAAUUUAAUCAUGUCAUUCAUGGCAAGAAAUAUUUGGGCAUUCUGGUAGGGUCAAGGUUUAUUUUUGAUUUCUUUAGAAUGAUUUUUAUGUUUAUUAUUUAUCUAAAAAUAAUAGAGGCAUUUUUUGAUUUUAUAACGUUUCAUAUUAGGAUAUUAGAACUAAAAUGGUAAUCCUUUUUUUCCCCCAAAUAUUUGCUGCCAUAUAUA